ACAUGCGCAGAGAGCUUGGUCACCUGCUGGAUAUCAGAAGCGAACAAGGAAGUGUAGCACUGAGGACUUGAUGUCAGGCUAAACUUAAAAUACAUCUCCACCGGAUAAAAGUGAUCGGCUCAUCAGCUGUUCGCUGCAUCAGCGUGACAACAUGUUUAAAAAACUUAAACAGAAGAUAAACGAGGAGCAGUCCCCGCAGAGGAAUGCGCAGUCACCACCGCAGGCCCAGAUGGGCAGUGGAGACCGGCGCAGCAGUCCAACCCCCCAGUUUCAGUAUGAAGGCUCACCCUCCAGCAGUGACAGAGAGAGCGCCCCUAAAGGAGCAGCCCGAUCUCCCAGAGGUAGCAUCAACGGGGAUGGAAGUGCUUCUCCUCGUAGAGAGGAGACACAGUCAUUUUCUCAGAAACUGCAGUUGAGAGUUCCCUCAAUGGAGUCGUUGUUUCGCGGGGGUGCUAGUCGGGCAGAAAACCUGUUCCGCUCUCCCUCGAAAGAAAACCUGGUCCGAAGCGCAUCACGCGAAUCCCUGACUACGUUGGGAGAAAACGAGGCCCCGGGCGCCCCCUCGUAUGAUCCCCCCUCAGAUAUUGAGAGCGAGGCUGAGGAGCCACCAGGAAGUGCAGAGUCCCUUUCCAAAGAGCAGUUGAAGCACCGGCUGCUGAGAGUGGAGAGCAGCCUGGGGAAGUACAGAGGGAAGUACUCGGAGCUUGUUACUGCGUACCGAACGGUCCAACGAGAUAAAGAAAAAACGCAGGUCAUCCUCAGUCAGAGUCAAGAUAAAGCUCUCCGGAGGAUAAGCGAGCUGCGGGAGGAGCUACAAAUGGACCAGCAGGCCAAGAAACACCUACAAGAUGAGUUUGAUGUCACGUUGGAGGAGAAAGACCAGAUGAUCUCUGUGCUCCAAACUCAGGUUUCUCUGUUGAAGAAACGGUCCAAGGGGGUCACUGAGGGUGCUGUGCCACCUGAGGGUGACGUCCCUCCAUCUGAAGAUGCAGAUUCAGACUCAACCUCCUCCACACAAAGUCCUUUGAAGGGGCAAGGAGUCGAGCCUGAAGUCACUGAGGGAGAGGGCAUCAGUGAUCCAACCAAACUUAUGGAGGCUUUGCAGAAGAGAGUGAAGAGGCAGGAAACCCUGCUGCAGAAGUGCAAAGAAGUGAUGCGGACACACAAGGAGCGAAGCGCCCAGCUGGGCAGCGAGAAUGAAACUCUGCAGAAGCAGCUGCAGGAGAGACUGCAGGAGCUGGAGAAGAUGAAGGAACUGCACACCACAGAAAAGACUAAGUUGAUCACUCAGCUGCGGGAUGCCAAGAACCUCAUUGAACAGCUGGAGCAGGACAAGGGAAUGGUGAUUGCUGAGACAAAGCGCCAGAUGCACGAGACAAUGGAAAUGAAAGAAGAGGAGGUUGCACAGCUUCGCUCCAGGCUCCAGCAGGCUACGACCCAGAAAGAAGAGUUACAAGAACAGAAAGAAAAGGCUGAGAAAUCAGCAUUUGAAGAGCUUGAACGAGCGCUGGGUGUAGCUCAGAGGGCGGACGAGGCCCGAAAACAUCUGCAGCUUCAGCUGGAGGAGCAAGUACAAGACGUUGAAAGGGCCAGUGAGGAAGAGAGAAAGAGCCUGCAGCAGGAACUCACACGAGUCAAACAGGAGGUCGUCACCAUCAUGAAGAAAUCAUCGGAAGAAACUGUUGCCAAUAUGGAAAAACUCCACCGUGAAGCUUUGGCUGCGAAAGAUAAAGAGAUGAGUAUCAGAAUCAACAAAGCUGCGGAGCAAUGCAAAGAGGAGUUUGCCCAGUUAGGAAAGGAGCGGGACCAGCAGUCCUCUCUGGCUCUGGAGGAUGUAGAGUUACAGAAGACCGCUCUGAAGACUGAAGGCGAAAACAAGGUUAAAGAGGUACAGUUGGAGCUGGAAGCUGCAAAAACUAGAGUAUUGGAGCUGGAGAGCACUCUAGAGAAGAUCUCACAGGAUGGAUCCAGUCUCUCUCAUGAACUUUCCACUCAGUUGGACAAGCUGAAGGUUAAACACAAAGAGCAAAUCUCGGCUUUAAAGAAAAAGCACCAGGAGCAGCUGGAAAAGCACAAGGGCACCCAAACCCAGCAGAAUAACGCCGCACUUGAGAAGCUCAAGGAAAAACACAGGGUUGAAGUGGAGACCCUUCUGAAAGAUAAAGACCUGCAGCUCCAAGCACAUGUUGAAGACAUGAACCAGAAAACGUUGGAUAAACUGGAUGCAAAGCAGGCAGAGCUAGACGCAGUAUCCGCUGAACUUUUUGAGGCUUUGAAAAAUAAACAGUUCCUGGAGGGGAAGUUGGUGGCGGCUGAAGAUGCUCAUAGUUCAGCACAACAGGAGCGUGAGAAGAGGUUUCAAGAGCAUGUGGAAAAGCACAAUGUAGAGCUCGCAAAUGUCCAACGGGAGCACGAGCAGUCACUUGGAGGUGUAGAGAAAACUCUGAAAGAGGAACUUAAUGCGUCGAGGAUUGUUCAGAAUGAAAAGGAAAAGGAAAUUAAAGAACUCGUGCUGAAAGAAAACACACUACAAGAGCAGUUGAAUUCCACUGUACAAGAAUUAAAUGUCAAAGUCAAGGAGCUGGAGGAGCUGCAGCAAUGCUUGUCACAAUCCCAGCUGGAAAGUGGGAGCCUAAAGGAAUCGAAUGCACAGUUGCAUAAGAUGUCUGAGGAUCUUGAUCAGUGUAAGAAGGAUUUGACAGAUAUGGAGCAUCAGUUAGAAGUAACAAAGGCUGAUUGUCAACAAAAAGAGAAGGUGCUUCAAGAAUUAGUGGCCCAGGUGCAACAGACCAAAAAGGAGCUCUCGGAGCAGAAGGAGUCGUUUACUGCAGAACUGAACACUAAGCAGGAAGAAAUGGCUCGCUUCAAGAAACAGCUGAUUGAUGAAAAAGCUGACCUCGAGAAGAAGGUGAAAAACACAAUGACGGAGAUGGAAGAUAAGCUGAAAACACAGGAAACAAAAAUGGAAAAGAUUAAACACAAGGCCAGAGAAAUGCACGAGAGUUUUAAGAAGAAGCUGCAGCAGAAUGAAGAAAACAUGAACAUGGAACUUGCAAAGAAGGAGCGAGAGCUUCAGCAGACCGAGCAACAAGUACAAGAGAAAAUUGUAGAGAUGGCCCAAAAAAGUUCCCACGGCCUCAGCAGUGCGAUGUCAGAGCUGCAGGCCAACCAUAAGGAAGAAGUGGAGAAGCUACACGACACACAGAAGCAUGACAUUGAGGGGCUGGAGCAUCGUUGGCAGGAGAAGUUAGGACAGCAGGAAGAAGAAUUGAUGGAGAAACACUCACACGUCUUACAGGAGAAGACUCAGGAACUGGAGGAAGUUUCUCAGCAACUCCGCAGAGGCAAAGAGGAGAACGAACAAGUGUUGUGUAAAAUUAAGGAUUUAAAGGAGGAUCUGUCCAUUCGAGAAACCACUGUGCAGAAGCUGCAAGAAGAGCUUAACGAAGCAGCGGUGAAGCUAGAAGGUUUGUCUCAAAGCGAGGCGUUGCUCAAAGAGCAAACGGAGUCAGUGGAGAGGAACCUUAACCAAGCUCUGCACGAGAGAAACUCCCUCCAAGACCAGCUCACCACGACAAAGGAAGAGAACAGAGAGACGGUAAAGACCUUGUCAGCAAAGUUGAAGGAAACAGAGAAGCAGUGUAAAGCACUGAAAGGCUCCAAAUCUAAGGAAAGCAAGGACUUGCAGAAGAAAAUGGAGGAAACUGCAAUUCAGCUACAGGCCAAAGAAGCAGAGUUCCAGCAGCAAUUAAUUACGAUCAGAAACCAAAUGGAGUAUUACUGUAUGGAGGUUCAGUCCAGAGUGGAGUGUGGAUCGAAUGAACUGUGUCAAAGAGUUGAAUGUCGGUUGAAAGGGCUGAAAGACGGACUGCUCAGCAGUCAGAAAAAGGUAGUGAAUCUCAAAAACGUCCUCCUCACUAAAGUAGAUAGAAUCAGCACCUUAGAGGAGACUCUCCGCCAGCAGACGGAGGAGAAUAAGAACCUAUGCACUUCAUUGGAACAGAUGUCUGCUCAGGUAAAUGCUCAUACGGAGCACGUCAAAGCCUUAACACAGGACAAAGAGAAUCAUUCUCAGUCUGUCCACGAGAAAGCUCUGAACAUUGAGGAGCUGACUGAAGCAAACCGACUCAUGUCGGAAAGUAUGAAAACAACCGCAUUGCAUAUCAGUAACCUGGAAAGCAUGAGCAGUGACUUGAAAAAUCAGCUCGCAAGUAGCAUAAAAGAGAAGGAGGAAGCCAUAAAUCAGCUGAAUCGCCAGUAUGAAGAGGAGAGACAACAGGCUGCUGCUCAAAUGGAGGAGACCAUUGAGAGGUUAGAGCAGGAGAGAAAGUUUGCUUUAGAGGAGGCGGAAGCACUCAGGAACAGCCUUACUGAGUGCGAGAAGAAGACGGAGACCAAGUUCACCCAGAAUAACAACACUAUUACAUCUCUGCAGACCAGGCUCGAUUUGCUGGAGCGAGAAAUCUCUGAAAAGAAUGAAACCCUGCAGGGGCUGAUGGCAAGUAUCGACAAUCAGUCCAUCAGCAAGUCUGAGAUGGACCAGGCGUUGAGCGAGAAGGAGCAGAAGGUCAGCGGCCUCACCUCGGAGCUGGAGAGCAGCAUCCGUCGCCUCGGUGAGCUUCAGGAGCAGCUGGCCUUUAAGACGGAGGAGUGUAACCAACUCACAGCUGACCUCAAACAGCAGCACGGCGUCAGGGAGAAUGAGAAGAGAGAGUUGGCGGAGCAGCUGCAGCAGAGCCAGACGCAGUGCACUCAGAAUGGUAAUUUGGAGCAGGAGCUGCUCGAAAAACUCCGCUCCCUCGAGGAAGACAACCAAAAGUGCAAACACCAGCUUGAAAGUCAAAGGGAGGAAUUUGAAAGGAUGAGAGACGAGAUUAUCAAGAGCAAAGAGGAGAGUCUGGAGGCAGCUGAGGAGAAGUUAUCGGCCGAGAGCACUCGUAAAGUAUCGGAGCUGAAGAAGAAAGCUGAGCAGAAAAUCAGUCAUAUUAAAAAACACCUAACCUCGCAGCUCGAGGAGAAAGAGCAGGCUCUCAAGGCUCUUCAGACUCGUCUGGAGGAAGCCAAGAGCAAUGUAGCGUCCGGCCGACAACACACAGAGACGUUAGAGGAGAAAACUAAAACACUCGAAGAAACACUCGUCAGGCUUCAGGAAGAGCAGGCGCAACAGCUGGAACGGACUCUGAGGGAUGAGAGGCUCGAAAAAGACAAGUCUUUAGAGGAAUUGAAAAACUCAUAUGAAGAGAAGUUAUCAUCACUUCAGAGAGAUGCAGCGCAAGGAGGGCAGCUCAAUGAAACCGAAUCCGCGCUGUGCGAAAUUGUGGCAAAGUUGAAAGAAGCGGAAGAGCAGAAUGGAAACCUUCUCGUGGAAAUCAAUCGUCUGAAAGAAGACAUUUGUGAGAAGGACGCCCAGCUUGGAGAACACCAGGCACCUAUUCAGCAGGUUCAAAAUCCAUCAGGACCUGAGGCUGAGAUGAUGGUGGAACGCAGCAGCUUACAGCAAGCUGAGAUGGGAAACCACUCGACAAUGCAAGGAGUGGACGGGGAUUCUCUGGAGUCUCUCCAGAGCAAUCUGAGUCAGCUGAAGAACGAGAAAGAGAGAAUCCACAAGGACUUCGUCCGGCUGCAGAAAGACAUUCGAGCACUGAGGAGGGAGCAUGAGCAGGACCUGGAAUACAUGAAGAAAGAGUUGCUAGAGGAGAAUGAGAAAAAGCUCCAGCUGGAGUUGGAAGAUGUGGAGAUGAAGCACAAUUCUGCCAUCAAGCAGUUGAUGAGGGAGUUCAACACACAGAUGGCUUUGAGAGAGAGGGAGCUCGAUACAGCCGUGAAGGAGACCAUCGAGAAGGCCCAGGUUGUCGAGACCGAGCUCAUGACUAGCCAUCGGGAAGAAGCCAGUCAGCUGAGGAAAGUGAUUGGCGAGAAGGAGGAUGAUUUGCACAGAACUGUUCAGAAGUAUGAAGAGGUUUUACAGAGUCGAGAGGAGGAGAUGGGAAGCAGAGUGUGGCAGGUUCAGAAAGAACUGGAGGAGUUGCAAGUGAAGGGCCAUGACACUGCUGAGGCCCAACUAGCCCAGAAGACUACUUUGCUGAGCGAGGCUCGUCUGAAGGAGCAGAGCUUUGUGGAGAGAAUUCACUCGCUUGAGGACAAGAUUAAAUGUUUCCACCGGACCACUGUUGUAACUCAUCUCGGGAGCACAUUCAAAGACCUUGCAUACAACAGCAGCGAACCUACUGAGAUGGAGUAUCUGAGGAAGGUUUUGUUUGAAUACAUGAUGGGACGGGAAACGAAAACGAUGGCCAAAGUGAUUACCUCCAUGCUGAAGUUUUCUCCAGACCAAGCACAAAAGGUUUUGGACAAAGAAGACUCAAAAGCAAUUCCUUGGUUACGAUGAGCGUCUGAAUGAUUCAGGUAUUUAUGGAUGAAAAUCUGCUGCUGCAGAAGGGGAAGACUGUCAUGGAUUUUAUCAAGACCUUCUCUCUGCAUUUAUUUUUAUUUUAUGUGUGUGUGUGUGUGUGUGUGUGUGUGUGUGUAUGUGUGUGUGCUUGUGUGUGUUUGAGCACACAGGGGCAUACGUGUGGUGUGUGUGUGUGUGGUGAGGAAUCUUCCAUAAAUCGAGUUUUACUCUAAAAUUAGGUUUGUUAAUUUAUACGUCUUAGAUGAAGUGACAUUGUUUUCUUUUUAUUUUAGAAUGUCUUCAUACAGAUUGGCUUGUGCAAUAAAUUAUAUAAUUAUCAUGUAUUAAUGCUGAACGGUCAGUUGAUUUAUAGGUUUUCUGUGUUGUGCUGUUGUCUGAAUCACUUCCUUCGUUAAAGGACCCUUUAACUGUGCACCCGCACCACAUUAAGAUAUCCCGGCCUGUGGACCUUGUUUGUUUAAAACGGCUUUUCUAUGCUUUAUAUUUUGUCACUGGACUGACAUAGAGACACAAAAUCACAAAAACUGUAAUUUGUACUAUGAUAAUUAAGACUGUACUACAGGGCACUAUAUGACUUGCUAUACAUUUUCAGACUAACAAAAUAAAUCCUAUUUACAAAACA